CUGGCGAUGCCUGGGCCUGACACCCAGGGUCCCCCCUCGCUCACCGGGGCAGCAGACAGGCCUGAGUGGUGAAGCCCAGUGCCCCCUCUGCCGACUUCUGAAGGGACUGAGGGUCUUGGAGCAAGAACAGGCAGGCCAAGGACAGCGACGAUGAUGACGACGUCGCUGUCACCGUGGACCGAGACCGCUUCAUGGAUGAGUUCUUCGAGCAGGUGGAAGAGAUCCGAGGCUUCAUUGACAAGAUCUCGGAGAACGUGGAGGAGGUGAAGCGGAAACACAGCGCCAUCCUGGCCUCCCCCAACCCUGACGAGAAGACAAAGGAGGAGCUGGAGGAACUCAUGUCUGACAUAAAGAAGACUGCAAACAAAGUCCGCUCCAAGUUAAAGAGCAUCGAGCAGAGCAUCGAGCAGGAGGAAGGCCUGAACCGCUCCUCCGCAGACCUGAGGAUCCGUAAGACACAGCACUCCACGCUGUCCCGGAAGUUCGUGGAGGUGAUGUCCGAGUACAACGCCACGCAGUCUGACUACCGCGAGCGCUGCAAGGGCCGCAUCCAGAGGCAGCUGGAGAUCACCGGCCGGACCACGACCAGCGAGGAGCUGGAGGACAUGCUGGAGAGUGGGAACCCCGCCAUCUUUGCCUCCGGGAUCAUCAUGGACUCCAGCAUCUCGAAGCAGGCCCUGAGUGAGAUUGAGACACGCCACAGUGAAAUCAUCAAGCUGGAGAACAGCAUCCGGGAGCUGCACGACAUGUUCAUGGACAUGGCCAUGCUCGUGGAGAGCCAGGGGGAGAUGAUUGACAGGAUUGAGUACAACGUAGAACAUUCGGUGGACUAUGUGGAGAGGGCCGUGUCUGACACCAAGAAGGCCGUCAAAUACCAGAGCAAGGCUCGCCGGAAGAAGAUCAUGAUCGUCAUCUGCUGUGUGGUCCUGGGCAUCGUGAUCGCCUCCACCUUCGGGGGCAUCUUUGGAUAGAAACCACCCCACCUGCCUCUCCGCUCUGGACGGUCCACCCCCAGGAGACCCCUGGCUGCUGCCCCGCCUCUGGCUCGGAGCCCUCUCCCUGCCACCCCAGACCGCUCCUUUCUCUGCCACAGGGACCCCCACUCCCACCCCGCCCUGAGCCGUCGUGUGCAUGAUCUUUGUGACAGUGUGCGUCUGUACCGAAGAGGCAGAGGGGAGCCAGGCUGGGAAAGAGCCAGCCGGGUAGGGACGGGCCAGCAAGGGACAGACUCAGGCCCAGGCCCCUCCGAUCGAGGAGGGCUGCCCCAGGGUAGUUAGCCAUGCUCCUGUCCCCCAACUUUCAGUAGUUCCACUCCAUCCCAGGGUCUGCCCGCUUCUGGAUCAAGGCUCUCUCUGGACCCCAACCUUGCCUCUUCCUGACCAGCCUACCUGCCCCGUCCUGUGUCCUCUCCAGCUGUCCGCCUGAAUGGGCACCCCCUUCUGAGGGCUGGGGACCAGCUGGCCACAUGGUGCUGCUUUUUGGUUUAGGGGAGGGGUGGCCCUAAGAGAGAGCCCAGCUCUAAGCCUCUAACAGCCAAUCACUGCCAGGGGCCGUGGCCGGGUGGCUUCUGGCCGAGUCAAGACCCGGCUUCCUCCCCUACCUGGGGGCAGAGUCCCAACAGGUCUUCGGCUGCCUCAGCCUCCCUCCUUCCCUAGUUCCUCCAGCCCCCAGAGGGCUAUAGCUGACCCAGGGAACAUUCUGGAAGAGGCUGACCAGGGGCCUGGUCUCCUGCCCUUGGAGCUAGGGCAGCAGGGCAGGCCCUAGUCGGGCCUCUGCACUGGCGAAGCCCAUGCCCGGGCCAUCAGCUCUCCCCGGGUUGGGUCCUCAAGCCAUUGUGUGUCGCAUGUGUGGGACAGUGGUCCCGGCUCUCCUGUGCUCGAGAAGUCAGUGUCACUUCAGGCCUGCAAUCUUGUCCCACCCUUGCUGCCUGCCCCCCGUCCCCACCACGUGGGUGUUGGAUGUCUCGGAUGCAGUAUUCAGCCAGGGAGGGGGCACCUCCCUUCUCCCCACCGGCCCAGGACUUCUCAAGUCUGAAACGUGCUCCCCGCCCAGAAGCCCUCUUCCUCGACAGGCAAGGAGCGUGCAUGCGUGCGCAUGCAGCGAGGGCCGGGGCCAGGCCUGUGCCCCACCCGCCCUCCGCCUCGCUCCUGCCCAGUGCCUGUGACCGCUGUCUGUGUUGCCUUCUUGAACAGCGACUCCCCACCCCACCCGACCCCUCACCAAAGGUCUUGGUACAACCAGCUGCCCAUUUUGUGAAGUUUUUAUGUAGAAUAAACAUUUGUAUCUGUA